UGUUAUGGAUUAUACUGACAGUUCCCAUGUCUCUAUCCCAAGCUUAUCGUUUGAGAUUCGAACCCAUUAAAAGCUUCUGCAAAUACCGAGUCUAACUAAACAUAAAGCAGAGGUCUCCAUUACCAUCUUCAGCAUUUACAUCUACAUUGCACUGGCCAGCACAAAACCACGCGUUUUCUCUCCAAACGAGACAUAGAACUUUCCAAUGCAUAUAAUUUGUUUGCAACCCACGAGGCGAAGGAAUGCAAUUCUGCAGUUCAACCUAUUCAUGCAGUGGCAGCUUGCAGCGGUGGAAGCAGAGUAACAUGGUGGAUUUCCAGUAAUGGGUUUACAGUUAGCAGAAGCUUUAUUUAUUCAUUAAUUCACUUUUCAUGAUCUCUCUAGGCACUCUAAUGGGUAUAGAAAGAAAUUGAGAUUGAGAGAUUCUUCAGCUUCUGCACAGAUGACGAUGAGGAUGGGCAUUUUAUCUGUUCUUGCUCUGUUUCUACUAAUGGGUUUUGAGUUUCUGUUCGUUUCUUGCCAGAACAGUGGACAACCAGCUGAGUCACCGACUCUAAGAAUACUUUUAAAGGUGAAGGAAUCGUUCGUUAAAGACCCAUUAAAUGUGUUGGGAGGAUGGUCUGCUGAGAACCCUGAUUUCUGUACUUGGAGUGGAGUUUCUUGUGAUGGCUUGUCUGAAGUAAUUGGUCUCAACCUGUCCGACUCGUCACUCACUGGGUCAAUUUCUCCAUCACUCGGUGACUUUCCCUACCUGCUCCACCUUGACCUCUCUUCCAACCUGCUUACAGGGUCCAUCCCACCUGACCUCUCUAAUCUCACAUCUCUUGUUUCUCUGCUUCUCUUCACGAACCAACUCAGUGGACCAAUUCCAACCCAACUCGGCCUUCUUGCUAGUCUCCAAGUCCUUCGGAUAGGUGAUAAUGUUCUCACAGGCCCCAUUCCAAGCUCUUUCGGUGAUCUCUCUAACUUGGUCACUCUUGGCUUAGCCUCUUGUAGCCUCAGUGGUCAAAUUCCUCCAGAACUCGGAAGACUCGGGCGAGUUGAGAGCCUGAUUCUGCAACAGAACCAACUUGAAGGUCCGAUUCCAGCUGAGAUUGGGAACUGUUCAAGCCUCCUCGUCUUCACCACUGCUCUCAACAAUCUUUCAGGGCCAAUACCAGGCGAAUUGGGUCUGCUUAGCAACCUCCAGCUUCUCAACCUCGCCAACAAUACUCUCUCUGCUGAAAUUCCAGCCGAGCUAGGUGAGUUGAGUCAACUUGUUUAUCUCAAUUUUAUGGGCAACCAGCUUGAGGGUCCAAUUCCCAAGUCUCUGUCCAAGUUGGGUGGUCUGCAGAAUCUCGAUUUGUCUAUGAACAAGCUCACAGGAGGAAUCCCUGAAGAGUUUGGCAAUUUGGGUGAGCUUGUUUAUAUGGUGCUAUCAAUGAACGAACUUUCUGGUCCUCUUUCUGGAAAAAUCUGUUCAAACACAACCAGUUUGGAAUUUUUGGUUGUGUCUGGUAAUGGGUUUGUUGGGACGAUUCCAUCUGGGUUCAGGGAUUGCAAGUCAUUGGAAAGAUUGGAUCUUUCUGAUAAUAAGCUUGAGGGGUCGAUACCAGAGGAACUGUUUGGGCUUCUGAAUCUUACUGAUCUAUUGCUGAACAACAACAGUUUGGUGGGUUUGAUUCCUCCAUUGAUUGGAAAUCUCAGUAAUCUUCAAACAUUAUCUCUGUACCACAAUAACUUUCAUGGUGGUCUGCCACCGGAGAUUGGGAAGCUCGGGAAGCUCGAAAUCCUCUAUCUUUAUGAGAACCAGCUAUCUGGGGAGAUCCCUUUGGAGAUAGGCAACUGUUCGAGCUUGCAGAUGAUUGAUUUUUAUGGAAAUCAGUUCACGAGCAUUCCAAUCACCAUUGGAAGGUUGAAGGAGUUGAAUUUUCUUCAUAUCAGAGAGAAUGCUCUCACUGGUGAAAUUCCUGCAACCUUAGGUAACUGUGGACAACUAACUGUUCUAGAUUUGGCAGAUAAUCGUCUUGUUGGUGGUAUCCCUGCAACAUUUGGAUACCUUGAGUUCUUGCAGGAGUUCAUGCUUUACAACAAUUCUCUUGAAGGUAAUCUUCCAGAGCAACUAUUGAAGAUUUCCAACCUGACGAGGGUGAACCUCUCAAAUAAUAGAUUGAAUGGUAGCAUUGCUGCAUUGUGUAGUUCACAUUCUCUUCUUUCUUUUGACCUCACCAACAACUCUUUCGACCAUGAAAUUCCUAUCCAGUUGGGCUAUUCUCCUGCUCUUGAAAGGCUUCGAUUGGGCAGUAACCGAUUUACCGGAAAAAUUCCUUCAUCCUUGGGAGAGACCCGGGAGCUCGCACUCCUUGACCUUUCUGCUAAUUUACUCACUGGAGUGAUACCUGUAGAACUCUCACUUUGCAAGAAACUCACACAUAUUGAUCUGAACAACAACCUUCUAACUGGAGCAAUCCCGAUGUGGCUAGGAAGCUUGCCUCAGUUGGGUGAGCUAAAGCUCUCCACAAAUUUAUUUGCAGGCCCUCUCCCUCGACAGCUAUUCAAAUGCUCCAAUCUCUUGAUACUUUCUGUUGAUGAUAAUUCACUAUAUGGAACCAUUCCUCCUGAAAUUGGAGAUCUUGCAUCCCUCAAUGUCCUCAACCUCAGCCACAACCGAUUCUCCGGACAUAUCCCUCCUGCCAUUGGUAAUUUGAGUAAACUCUAUGAGCUCCAGCUUUCAUGGAACAGCUUCGAAGGCAGAAUACCAAUUGAGCUAGCAGAACUCCAAAAUCUGCAGAGUGUGUUGGAUCUCAGCCACAACAAUCUUACUGGUGACAUCCCACCUUCCAUUGGAACAUUGUCUAAACUUGAAGUGCUUGAUCUAUCUCACAAUGAGCUGGUUGGGAAAGUCCCUCACCAAAUCGGUUACAUGAGCAGUCUGGUUGAGCUUGACCUUUCUUACAACAGUCUCAAUGGCCAAUUGGACAAUAAAUUCUCACAUUGGCCAGUAGAAACCUUUGCUGGGAACCUUGGACUGUGUGGAAGCCCUCUUCACCCAUGUGAGAACUCAGAAUCCAGUGGGCAUCACACUGCCUUGGUGGUGGCAAUCACAGCUGCCUCAACUGCAGUUGCUGCCGUCCUACUAAUACUAGCGCUUGUGCAUCUGACGAAAAACAACCACCAAUAUCUCAGAAGAGCUCGCGAAGUGAACUGUGUGUACUCUUCCAGUUCCACUCUGGCACAGAGGCGGCUACUCUUCAAAGGUGGCACCACAAGGCAAGAAUUCAAAUGGGAAGACAUCAUGAAAGUAACCAACGAUCUAAGCAACGAGUAUAUGAUUGGAUCAGGUGGGUCAGGGAAGAUAUACAGAGCAGAUUUACCCAAUGGGGAGGUAGUUGCAGUCAAGAAGAUAUUGAGAAAAGAUGAUCUCCUACUAGUUAAGAGCUUUGCAAGGGAGAUUCGAACACUUGGCCGGGUAAGGCACAGGCAUCUAGUGAAGCUGAUGGGGUGUUGCAGCAACAAAGGAACAGGAAUGAAUCUGUUGAUAUAUGAGUAUAUGGAGAAUGGAAGUGUGUGGGAUUGGUUGCACAAGCCACUUCUCAGUGGGAAGAAGAGGAAUACCUUUGAUUGGGAAGUGCGAUUGAAGAUAGCAGAGGGCCUAGCACAAGGUAUAGAAUAUAUCCACCAUGAUUGCGUGCCACAGAUCAUUCACAGAGACAUCAAGUCUAGCAAUGUGCUACUUGAUUCCAAUAUGGAAGCACAUUUGGGUGAUUUUGGGCUGGCAAAGGCACUUAUCGAUAACCAUGAUUCGCUAAGCACCGAGUCAAAUUCCUGGUUUGCUGGCUCUUACGGUUACAUAGCUCCAGAGUAUGCAUACUCAUUUAAGGCGACGGAGAAGAGUGAUGUGUAUAGCAUGGGUAUUGUGUUAAUGGAGCUUGUGAGUGGGAGAAUGCCCACUGCUGCAAGCUUUGGAGUAGAUAUGGACAUGGUGAGGUGGGUUGAAUCACAUAUUGACAUGCCUGGACCUGCCCGAGAGGAAUUAAUUGAUCCAUCACUGAAACCACUCAUACCCGAUGAAGAAUGUGCUGUGUUCCAACUGCUCGAUGUUGCAUUGCAGUGCACAAGAACCGCUCCAGCAGAGAGACCAUCAUCUCGGCAAGUGUCUGACCUCGUGCGUCACAUAUCUAAAACUAGUAAGGUCCAAUUUGGGAAGAUCACAACUCCAUGAGGCCAUGAGCAUUAUAGAUGAGAUUGGAUAUUGGAAAAUCAAGAGUGUUUUCUAUACGUCACAGAGUUCAACUCCCAUAGAGCUUUCCAUUUUCAUUGUUUCAGUUUUGUCCCUGCAACUUCAUAUCACUGUUGCACUUUGCACAUCUUCCUUAUAUUUUAAUGUAACCAUGCUCUUGCUUCUACUAUUUAUACAAUAAAAAUAUGAACUGGAUAACCAUGGGAGAAUCAUCCCAACUGC